AUGUCCCGUUCAUUCAUUCUUUCUUCAGCCAUCUUGGCGUUGCGCGCCUCGGCUCAACUUACAGCAUCUGUCUACACUGAUGAGAAGACUGGCAUCACUUUCAACGGGUUCCAGCAUUCCUCUGGGUAUAAGCUCGGUUAUGCACUACCUGAAACCCUUACAAGCGACCUCAUCGCCCAAUUGGUCGCUCCUAUCACCAACGAUGGAGGUUGGGCAGGUUUUCCUUUGGGCCAGUCGAUGGUAGGCAGUGUCCUCGUCACAGCCUGGCCUCAUGGUGGAGAGGUCAUUUCGUCUUUCCGCAAGGCUACUGGGUACACCAACCCUCCCGUGGUUACUGGAGACUUCUCCAUGACUACCAUUCCCGAAGGUACAUGGGUGAACGACACUGCGUUCUCUUACACCUUUCUUUGCAAGAACUGCAUUGGCGAUACCGCCGCAGAAGGAAUCGUCCUGUCUGAUACUACAAAUGUCUUCAGUUGGGCCUACUCAGACACUCCCCUCACAGAUCCCUCGACUGCCAGUGCUGUCCUAAACAUGCACAAUGGAGGUUAUGGAUCGUUUGGUUUCACGGUGUCUGAUGCACAGAGUGCCGAUUUCGCGACCUGGGCUGCCAUGGCCACGGGAAGCGCUGGCGGCUCUGGCAAUUCCACUGGCAACUCGACCACCCCAAUCGGUGGUGGUGGCUCUUCAAACAGCACCACUCCUACUAAUAACACGGCUACCAUCUCAGACUCGACCUACGACUACAUCGUGUGCGGCGCUGGUCCUGCCGGUAUCAUCGCUGCAGAGCGCAUUGCUGAGAGCGGCGCAUCCGUUCUUCUGCUGGAGCGUGGUGGCCCUUCGCUUGCUUUCACUGGCAACAACGACACUCUGUCAUGGAACAGCUCCGUCAGCAUGUACGAUGUUCCCGGGCUCGACUACUACCUCAACCAGGUUGGCACGAACAAGCUCUGCACUGACACAGCUGACCAAGCCGGUUGCCUUCUUGGAGGUGGCACCAUGGUCAACGCAAUGAUGUUCGUCAAGCCUCAGUCGCGCGAUUUCGACGACAAGUGGCCCGCUGGCUGGAAGUGGAGCGACGUUUCCGCGUCCGCCGAUCGUCUCUACGAACGCAACCCUGGCCAGAACUAUGGCUCGGAGGACGGCACUCGCUACAAUGACGAGGCAUACGGUGUCUUGUCCAAGUUCCUCGGAUCGAACGGCUUCACCGAGACCGAUUUGAUUGACGGUGAUAACAACGCCCGACAGAACGUGUACGGACAUCCUCCGUGGGAUCUGAAGAACGGUAUGCGCGCUGGUCCUGUGCGCAAUUACCUCCCAGAAGCUCAGAAGCUUGAUAACUUCAAGUUGAUGCUUAACACCAAGGUUGUCCGCGCUGUCCGCAAUGGCACUACCAUCAGCGGUGUUGAGACUGAGACGGAGGAUGGCAAGCGUGUUAUCUACAACAUCAAUGCUGGCGGCAAGGUCGUCCUGUCGGCCGGCGCCAUGUCCACACCUCGCAUUCUGUUCAACAGUGGAAUUGGCCCAGCAGAGCAACUGCAGACUGUCGCAUCUGGAUCUAGCGGCGUGACUCUUCCUACGGAGUCCGAAUGGAUCGAUCUGCCUGUCGGCGCUGAGAUCAAGGACCACGUCAUUUUCACCCUGAAGUUCAAGACUUCCGAGCCCAUGAGCUCCGUUGCUACCACCGACAUCACCUCCCCCAACCAGACUGUCAUUGACCAGUUCGCCAAAGCAUCUGGCAUCCUCGCCCAGUCAGGACAGCGUUUGAACUUCUGGACCUCGGUCAACACCACCAGCGGCUCUGAGAUGUUCAUCCAGGGCACAUGCAACGGCCCCGCCAACAACACCAUCCAAAUGAAGAUCUACCUUACCCACGGUCUCACAUCCGUCGGCAGCUUGGGCAUCACCUCCGACGGCGCCACCGAGCUCACUUCGGAGCCCUGGCUCCAGACCGCCGAGGACAAGGAGGCCAUCACCAGUUUCAUGAACCGCCUGCUCAAGAUGACCAGCGCACCCAACUCGACCCUCUCCUUCCUCUCCGCAGGCAGCACCACCGGAACCAACGUCACGGGCGCUGAUCUCAUCAAGGAGCAUGUCACCGGCUCCCACUGGGUCGGCACCGCGAAGAUGGGCACAAAGGGCGAUGCCGGUGUGGUCGUCGACGCAAAUACCCUCGUCUACGGCACGGACAACCUCUUCGUCGUCGAUGCGUCCAUCCACGCUGACCUGCCCACCGGAAACACCCAGGCCACCGUCAUGGUUGUUGCCGAGCACGCUGUAGCCAAGAUCCUCGCGCUGGAUGGUGCUGCUCCUGCACCUGGCAAUGGCACUGCAUCUUCCUCAAGCGCGCCAGCGACUCCUGCUAGUAGCAUCGUUGCAUCGGCACCUGCUGCUUCCGUCCCUGUCUCUGGGUACGCAACAUCUAACCCUGAGCCCACCACCAGCGGAGCCGCCUCAGCGCCCGCAUCAAUCGCCUUUUCCAGCGCCGUCGCCAUCAGCACUCGCUCUCCCUCAGCGCCUGCUUCCAAGCCUACGUCCGCGUCUGCACCCGGUUCUGCAUCUGCAGCUACCCCCACUGCUGGUGGCGGUGCGUCUAGCGGCACAGUCCAGUUGUACGGCCAGUGCGGCGGUAAGACCUAUACCGGCGCAACACAGUGCGCACAGGGAACGUGUGUGAAGAUGAACGACUGGUAUUCGCAGUGUGUCAAUGCGUAG